CGAUCACGUGACUGCUUCACUUGGCUUCCAAAGAUGGCGGCGGAAAGUGACAAGAAGCAUAAAAGUGUCGAAAAAUUGUGCCGUAAACGAGUGACUUUCUACGAAUUAGCUGUGGAUCUCAUAGGUUUGGCAUUUGGCUUGUUUCAUCAUUGGCAUGUGUCUACGCUAUUCGAAAAUGACCGGCAUUUCUCGCAUCUGUCCGAAAUCGAGAGAGAAAUGUCUUUUCGCACGGAAAUGGGGAUGUAUUACUCUUAUUACAAGACGAUCGCGGAAUCGAAAACAUUUAUGGACGGGCUGAGAAAAAUUAGCCACGAUAAUAUUUCGGAAUAUGGGAACGUUAUCAACGCGGCUAGAAAAUAUAGCUUGCUACCAGAGUUAGUGGCUGGAUAUCUUUAUCAUUGUGCCAAGAAUUUGGGGCUUAUAUCUAUAGAGCAGUGUUGGCAAAUAGAAAGAGGAGAAGGUUUGUCACCGGUAACCAGUUGCGAGGGUCUAGGCGUCCCAGUUUAUUUUUAUUUGGAAAUUGUUUGGACUUCCACUAUACUUACAGUAGCUAUACUAUUCUAUUAUGCCACUUUCCUUGGCAAUAGCCUGUACAGUGGAUUCAUAGCAGUGCUUCUCUUCUUUUAUAACCAUAAUGAAUGUACACGUGUUCAAUGGUCUCCACCGUUGAGAGAAAGUUUCGCUUACCCCGUGUUACUAUGUCAAAUGUACACGUUGACUCUGAUUCUUAGAGAGGGUACUCAACAGAGCAAGCAAAAAAUACCAAAAGACUUACUCCAGAAAAUGGGCAUGGCAACGAUAAUUAGUUUAUGUUGUUGGCAAUUUUCGCAUUUCGUAUUCAUCACGCAAAUCGUUGCCCUUUUAAUAUUAAAAUGGAUGAAAAUAAUUUCGAACGAUCUUUACAGAUCUAUUUCUAAAGUUCACGGUUGGUCCAUCGUGAUAGCAAUGGGUAUCACCGACAGUUUCCCCUUGCUUUUCUCCAUGUACUUGUGUCUUUUGCUCGUCAGCAACGCUUUGAACGUAACCGAGAAAUUGACCAAUUUUAUCGGCUCAAAACUACAAACGAUCCUCGAAAUAGUUUCCACGAUUUUGUGCACGGUAUACUUAAAGUCAAUCUACGCCUUGUUAUACGAAGACACGGCGCACGUGUUCAAUUUACUUAAAACGAAACUGAUCGGUUACAAAGAUUUUCACACGAUGCUGUACACGUGCUCCCCGGAAUUCGAUUUCCUCCAAUACAGAAGCUACGAGGCGAUCGUAAAAACGUUACUUCUACCGUCUGCCAUUCUCGCCGGAAUGCUGGUGAUCUAUUUUUGGUACAGGAAUUACAAAAUCAAAGGGUACCCUAAAUGCAUAGAAGCGGAUCUCGCGUACAACGGACUACAGACCGGAGCCUUCAUUAUCAUGGCCGUUUUUAUCAUGAGAUUGAAACUGUUCAUGAAUCCUCAUCUCUGUAUAAUAGCCGGCACGAUAUGCGCGAACAGAUAUCUGGAGAAACUUGGUAUAAAGAGAAAGAUAAUCAAGACUGCCAUUAUAAUUCUAUUGAUAUCCGCGAUAUCUUACCACGGAUUAGAAAUAUUGCAAGAAGAGCGAAGCGUUAUGGGUGAAUACAGCGACAUCGAGCAAGAAGAACUAUUCGAGUGGAUCAAAAAGAAUACACCUGAACACGCUGUGUUUGCCGGGAAGAUGUCUUUGAUGGCAAACUUAAUGCUCUCGACGGGAAGGCCGAUCGUCAAUAACCCUUACUACGAGAGCAAAGAGAUGAGAGAUCGGACUAUGAAAGUUUACGAAGUGUUCAGCAGAAAAGACGUCACAUCCGUAUACGUGACACUUAGGAACUUACAGGUCGGAUACGUCAUUCUAGAGGCAUCGAUGUGCUUUGGCUACGCAAAUUUACCAUCGCAAUGCCAAAUGAUCGACUUGUGGGAUCUUGUGGACAACGGAGUGGCGAAGGCUGCUGGAAAGCAACCCGUGUGCCCGAUGCUGUUUCGAGGAAACGCUUACCUCAAACGAUCGUUCGUAAAUAAUCGUUACGUUGUUCUGCAGCUUGAUUAUUCUUACUGCGUGGAAUUGAAACCGAACAAUUCCCUUAAUUACCAAUCUUAAAUGGUAAUUGUGAUCGAAUAUGUGACAAAUCGAAAAUACCUCGCCGAAAUUGCAGAGAAUAUUUUUCCCAACAGAGAGGCAAUUAUGUAUAAUACUUAUAUAUAUAUACAUAUAUAUAUAUUUUUUUUUUAAAGAACAAUGACUCGUUGAGACGAGCCAAAGUAAUUUUGUUAGAACUAAAAAUGCGAAUAAAAAUGUUAACUA